AAAGAAGUUGAGCCAAAAAAAAAAACAGAAUUACCCCCCAGUACUAAUCCUCUGUCUGUGUUCUUUGUUCAUUUAGGUCUUGUUAAAUGCUAAGUAUGUAUUUAUAUUUUUUGAUGAUGACUCCUGAACUUUGGGGUGGUUACAUAAAUGUAUCAAAUAAAAUGUUUUUUUUUUUUUUUUUGGGGGGGGGUGACUACCUAACCCCCACCCAUCCAAUCAAACUGCACUUGACUGUCAUAGGUAACUUGUAGAACAAUAGUAGGAGGUGUGUACUUAUAGUGGAUAGAUUUACACACACAGGAUUCAGACACUCAAAUAAAAUGGCAGACAGUAAAUAAAGUGCACUAUAUAUUAAACGGGGAGCUACUUGGACACAAUCUGCUUUUUUUCACACUGAGCUGAAACUCAAUAUAAAGCUCUGCAAAUCCAAGGGCGGGACUGCAGAUUCAGGUGAUCUCUGUGGGCUCAUCACUACGAGCGACCCCUUUCACAUUGUCAUUUGAUUUAUAAAAAAAUAAUAAAAAAAACCCAUUAUAGCUGCUUUAAAGUUUGUUUUAUUUUACAUUAUAAAUAUCUGGACUUUUUGGACUAAAAAUACCACUCCAUGAUAACAGCAUAUACAGUAACCCAAGCAGGUAAUUUCCAAAGCUAAAAUAUAUAGACCUUUUUGUACCUCUUUGGUAAGAUAAUAUUCCUACAUUUAUACUUUAGUGGUGAUGGCAGCAUUGUAUAACAUUCCUCAGUCUAUUAAAUGACUACACUAGUUUUUUAUUUUCUCUAUAACAGCAAGCACACAACAAUACAGUUCUAACAAUAGGCAUUGAUUCAUCUAACAACCAUUGUUUUGUACAAUAGACUCAGUACAAAAACCCGUCUGACGGACGACCUACAGUAUGAGCCUGUGGGAGAGAGUCCGGUUUUGUCUGUAGGAGGAGCUAAGAGAACAGGCCGUCUACUGUACACUAUGCUAGAGUCGAAAGGAAUGACUCUUACAUCUACCCUUCAUUUACCUGGCAGAAAGUAAGACUAUUAGUUAAUGUGCAUUCAAAAGUUUAUGAUGCUGCAUGGCUGCAUCCCUGGUGUUCAGACUACAUGACAGAGGUCCUGAGCUGGUGAGGGAGGUGCUUCUGGAGCGAGGAUGGGAGGAAUAUGACAAAGGAGAACGGGAGGAGGAAGACUGGAACCUCUACUGGCGGGGCUCUGCAUUUCGCAACUCAGAAUAUCAUAAAUUGUUGCCAUGGCAGCGCCUCAACCACCAUCCCAAGACUGCUGGCAUCACACGCAAGGACUGCUUGGCACGCAACCUGCGGAGAAUGAGAGCCACAUUCGGUUCAGCUCUCUAUGACUUCAGUCCCACCACCUUCAUCCUCCCCAACGACUACACCCGCUUCCUGACUGAAUAUAACAAACUGCGUCUGAGCAGAGGGCCGUCGGUCUACUGGAUAUGUAAGCCUGUGGAUCUCUCCAGAGGCAGAGGGAUCUUCAUGUUUGAGGAUAUUAAGGACUUGGUCUAUGACUGCUCUGUAAUCGUACAGAGGUACAUCAGUAAUCCUCUGCUGAUCUCCGGCUACAAGUUUGACCUGAGGAUCUAUGUGUGUGUGAAGAGCUUUAAUCCACUGACUGUUUACAUGCAUCAAGAAGGCCUGGUGCGUUUCGCCACUGAGAAGUACAACCUGUCAUCUCUGCAUAACCUGUACUCUCAUCUCACCAACACCAGCAUCAAUAAGUUUGGUCCUUUCUACAAAACUGAAAAAGAGAGAGUGGGCCAAGGAUGCAAGUGGACCAUGAGCAAGUUCAGGUACUUUCUCCACAGCCAAGACAUUAAUGAGCUUCUUUUGUGGCAGAGAAUCAACAACAUCGUCACUCUGACCCUCCUCACCAUCGCACCCUCUGUCCCCUCCUGUCCAAACUGUGUGGAGCUGUUGGGCUUUGAUAUCCUUAUUGACGUCAAGUUUAAACCUUGGCUGCUGGAGGUCAACUACAGCCCUGCGUUGACUCUGGACUGCCAAGCAGAUAUUACAGUGAAGAAAAGGCUAAUCAACGAUCUGAUUGAUUUGAUGAACUAUACAUUCACUGACAGCUUGAGGGACAGGGCUUAUCAGAGACAAGGGUACAAGCAGCCUUGUUUCCAUGCUAACAACCCCUCACAUGUUACACCUGUGCUCUCUAAGUUUAAAGAAACCAAAUGUCAGAAGCGAAGGAGCGGUAGCCAGUCCUCACAAACUCAGACACUCCCUCUGCUAAAAACUCUUCGCCAGCCUGAAAAGAUGAACCAAAGACAGUCCAUACAACAUGCUUUUGUAGCUGACUACUACGGACACCUUCACCCCUUUGACUUAAACAAGUUAUAUGCAGCCAGGGGCAGAAUAGUUAACACCACAGCUAGCAAAGCCCACACCGACAAAACCCUAAACCUGAUACUCGGCCCACAUUCAAGGACAAACGUGGUAAACAGACAGACAUGUCCAGCUCUUGCCCCAUGGCUGAUGGACAACAGGAGUCUUAAUGUGUCUGAGGUUACAAACCAUGACGACACUGAAACAGAAGCUGAGAUGGAGCGCUCAGGAGAGACAGACGUUUCCUCUUCGAUACAUGAUAUCCCACAGCGGGGGCUGGGAUUCAGACGUUCUGCUGUGUCCUGGAAGCUCCCAAACAUUUACAGUGGGAGUCACAGGCCAGUAAGGACUCCUUCAGAGGGAAACACAGCACUGAAUGGACAACAUAUUCCUCCACUCAGAGUUGGAGACUUCAUACGGACAUUCCCGUUUAAUACAGCCACUCUGAGGGCCUCACAGCAUGGACUGGAUGUUAAGAUAGUCAUACAGGAGCUCAACAAGCUGACUGCUCAGUUGGCCACAUCAGACGAGAAGUUGAGGAGAGAAGAGGACGACACAGAUUGUGAAGACGAUUUUGAUUCACUGUUGUGGGGGCCAAAGGAUCCUCCAUUGCUCAGACAAUGCUUCAAACCCACUUAGAGUUCCUUUUUUUUCUUUUCGGAUUUGUUGCUAAGCCCUGACUUCUUUUGGAAAUGUAGAAACACAUCACUUCUAUACACUAAAGGAUUUUCCUUGGAAAAAAAAUUGAAUCAUUGUUGUGGGAUAUCGCUUCUCAGUUGUUUUUAUUAGUGAGUUGUGUAUUAGUUUUAAGACAUUUAACUAAUCUAACUUUUUAUAUAUAAUAUAUAACAUAUUUACUGUCAGUAUGAGUAACAAUUCUUCAACAAAGAUAAAAUCACAUUUU